AUGUCUGUCGAGCUCGACCCCGUAGAGCUGGGCUUCAAGCGCCCCUUCCAGCAAGAGGUGUCGCAGUCCCUCCGCCUGAUGAACCCGCACUCGGAUCCCAUCGCAUUCAAGGUCAAAACCACCGCGCCCAAGCAAUACUGCGUGAGGCCAAACAGCGGACGCAUCGAGCCUGGCCAGGAUGUCGAGGUGCAGAUCCUCCUCCAGGCCAUGAAAGAGGACCCACCGCCAGACGCAAAGUGCCGCGACAAGUUCCUCGUCCAGUCUGUUCUCGUCACCGCCGAUAAGGAAUUUACCAACGUUGGAUCAUUGUGGUCGCACAUCGAGCAGACGUCAAAGUCGUCCAUCCAAGAGAAGAAGAUUAGGGUCCUCUUCCUCCCCGCAGACGGCUCUGCGUCGACAGCAACCCCCGCCAGGGCAAAUGGCGCUAGCCGCGAAUCAUUGUUCCAGGCUUCCUCCCCAGAUGCUUUCACGCCUCAGCGCGGCUCAUCAGACCCUGUCGGACCAGUCUCCUACCACGAAGAGCGUCCAUCAGACGCCAAGAACCUGGGAGAGAUCAAGGAUGAGGUGUACAACCCUGCUACCGGCGGUACCCAGUCUGCCGUGGCUAGCGUGCAGUCAACCGUGGCUGCAGCGGCAGCGUCCGUCACGAACGCUAUCCCUGUGUCACAGGAGGACGUGCGGGCUCAGCUCGAGGACGCCAAAGCCACCAUCGCUCGUCUGACAAAGCAGGCCGGAGAGAGCUCAGGUCUUCGCCAACGAAAGGUAGAUCCCCUCGCCCAGGGGCAGACUGCGACUGCUGUGGAUACGCAAGUCGCGCCUGCGGGUGGAGUUUCGGUCCAGAUCACGGCCUUGUUGUGUCUGAUGAGCUUCCUUAUCGCCUACUUCCUUUUCUGA